GUUUGUUGUAAUGCGAACUUAUUCCAUUCUUCUUUUUGCAAUAUUGGCUUCGAUCGCUUUAUCUGUGGAUUGCUACAAAAGAAUUGACAGAUCUAAAGCCGAAAGAAAUAAAUACGUUGUAACAUAUGAUCUUACAGGUUUGGUCUACUCAACCCAAUAUGUUGUCUUGGAUAAAGAUCCUGUUGCAAGAAAUUAUAGUUACUGGUUCAACAUCUGCAGACCUGUGGCGGAGCCUCCCGUAUACGGAAACACCGUGUCUCAGUGCAAGAACAACACUGACGGUACCCUCUAUCCUGCCUAUCAGAUCCUCAGCGGUGGUACGUGCUAUCACCUUGGAGGUGGUGUGACCGACCAGUAUAUGGGAUUCGAGCCCAUUGACUAUGAUGAUCCUUCCACGGGAGUUACUCUGGUGUACAAGGGAGGCGACAAUUACUACUGCGGCGACAAGGAGCGAAGCUUCCGCAUUUCGUUCUACUGCAUGAACAACCCGACCAACCUCCCGAAGGACAGCGAUAUCGUGGAGUUCCCUGCCUGCACCUACAAUCUCCGCCUGGAGUCCAUGUUCGGCUGCCCCGUCAGCUGCGGAGAGUCGAAUCGCGUUCUCUGCUCUGGACGUGGCGUGUGCGGAUACGAUCGUGACCAGCGCACUGCUCGUUGCUUCUGCAAUGAUGGCUACCACGGAACGGCGUGUGAGAAGCAGGGAGGCGAAGAGGUGGCAUUGAGCUCGACCUCGAUGAUUCUGCUCUGUGUUUCCGGAUUUUUGUUGAUUGUGGAGAUUGGAGUGCUGAUUAUGUGGCAGAAGGUGAAGGGAUUGCGCUUGGACCCUGCCGCGUACGCCAAUCUGAACGCUGAGAACAUGGGCAUGUACGCGAUCUAAGGUGGACGUUGACGAGCGAUUGUUGCGUUAUUCUUCUGCUAU